UUUAACAUACGCUUAUCAUAUAGCACUGAACACAGCUGGAGCUUACCUAUUGUAUACAACACUGAAUAAACUUAUCAGGCUAGUAUGUUAUUGAUUUGAGAUCUUAAAAUGGUUUUUCAUGUCAACACUAAUUCCUCUUCAAAGAUCAUGAGCAUAAUGGGCCCAAACUCUUUUUUCUCUUUUUAAAGAGCAAUUUUUCUGUCCUCUUGAGGAGAGUUUAUAUGAAAAUACAAUUGAUGGAAAUCAGAUUCACAUCAUCAUCCUUGUAAGAUGCAUCUCACAGUCACACCAUGAAAGCAUGUUUUGUGUUAAAGCAAUGCACAGGGUUGUCACUGAAUAUCUAUUUAAGAAUAUCCUCAGUGGCAUACCAGAGAUUGUAAAGAUGCUCCCCUUCUCUCCUGCUUCGUUUAGCAACAACCAUCCCCCCACCCUGCUUUCCUACCAGGGAAUUGUUACAGCUUGUAUCAAUGACAGAUCCUGGUGCAUUUCUGUGAUCGUUUAACACCUGCUCAGAAUGGCCCCACAGGAGCCAGGUCAACAGUUUAAGAAGAUUAAAGGAGUCUUUGCAGAGUUUGAUGUGUCAGAUACUAUUAAUAGGGAGAUGAAGCACAACAGGAAGACUAUUGGAUUUACUGUAAACCCGGGCAGAGCCUGAGCAGCAGCAGGACUGGUGCAUUUUCUGACAGCAUUGGGAAGGGAACAGUAUGUAGAAGGAAUGAUCUUAUUGACAAACUCCUGGAGGCAAACAAACUUCAUGAGGGGACACAACAGGGUGGCGGUUCCCUGAAGAGGCUGUGCAAUCUUUCCUCACACUGAACUCCCAGACACAGGGAUGGAAUCCUGCCUUAUUGCAAAAGAGCCUCAAAUUGAUCAGUUGUAAUUACUUAUUAACUAACCUUUUAUCAGCCUGAUCUCCUAGGCUUAGCUAGCCAUGGUUUCGCUUUUUACUGGGAAGAUCCUGAUUACAAACAACAAGGACUGUGAUGAAGUGGACACUGAGCGUGAACUUAGCCAGAGACUGGAUAACAAAGUGAUGCUGCUGUAUUUUGGAUCUGGUGAAUGCCCUCGAUGCCAGGAGUUUUCACCUGUCCUCAAAGAUUUCUUUGUGAGACUCACUGAUGAAUUUUAUGUGGAAAGGGCUUCCCAGCUGGUCCUGGUGUACGUGUCUCAGGAUGAGACAGAGGAGAAGCAAGAAAAGUUCCUGAAGACCAUGCCAAAAAGGUGGCUGUUCUUACCAUUCCAGGAUGAGUUCAAAAGGGAGCUGAAGUUGAGGUUUGCUGUGUCCGACACACCUGUAGUGGUGGUGCUGAAGCCAAGCGGGGAGGUGAUUGCUGGGAACGCUGUGGAGGAGAUCAGGUGCUUGGGCACUGCUUGUUUCAGGAACUGGCAAGAGGCCGCUGAGCUGGUUGACAGGAGCUUUCUCUUGGCAGAGGACUUUGAUGACUUGGCCAAGAGGAGCAUCACCGAUCCAAUCCACCGCCUCAAGUACAAGCUGGACAAGAAGACAAGGAAAAAGGAGAGAGAGGAAGUGCUCUGUCCUGAUAUGGAAUUAUGAAGUUCCAGCGGUACAUACAUUUGCUAGGCUUGUGGUUGUCCUGAAACAGGACUCAACUGUUUCCAGACACAAGAGGGUAGCUUUACUGCAGCACAAGUUAGAACAGACAUUUGUAUCUUCACACGGUCUCAGGAUCUCAGUGGCAACUGGAGGAUUCUGAACAGGGAACAACAUGUGACUGGGGAGAUGAGACAGCCAUGCCAGGAUUAAAGAUGCAGCCUGAGGAGAGGCAUUUCCUUUUCCUCACUGACAUCUAUUCAUAUAAUAGGUCUGUUUAUAUUAUAAUGGGGACAUUAUUGGACAGAAAUGCCCCAGAGAACAUUUGCUCCUGUUCUCACACUCUCUUUUCCCCCUUUAUUGCCUAGAGAGUUUCUGUUAGCACAAGGGUGGGCAAACUACGGCCCGCGGGACGGUUCCAGCCCCUCAGGGCUUUGUAUCCAGCCCGCGAGAUUGCCCACUGUGGUGCCACGGGCCCCACACCACUCUGCAGAAGUGGCUGGCACCACUUCCCUGCGGUCCCCGGGCUGGGGGGCAGAGGGCUCCGUGCGUUGCCCUUGCCUCCAGGCACUGCCCCCCACAGUUUCUAUUGGCCGGGAACGGGGAACCGCGGCCAAUGGGAGCUUCGAGAAAGUUACCUGCAGGCGUGGCAAGGGUAGCGCAUGCGGAACCCUCCACCCUCCUCUCCCACAGGGGCCGCAGCACUUCCUGGAGUGACGUGGGGCCGGGGACAGGGCAGGCAGGCAGGGAGCCUGCCCUGGCCCCCGUGCGCGCUGCUGCCACCCCGGAGCUGCUUUAGGUA